CCUCGUUUCUAAAAAUGGCUUCAUCUUCCUCUUUGCAUUCCCUUCUCUUCUGCUUUCUGUCUCUUCUCUUCUCCCUCUCCACAGCCCAGUCCUCAUUCCGUCCCAAAGCUCUCGGCAUACGCGUAUCCAAAGACGCCUCAACUCUCCAAUACUACACCACCCUCGCUCAACGCACGCCACCCGUCCCCAUCAAGCUAGCCAUCGACCUCGGCGGCGAAUUCCUCUGGGUCGACUGCGAAAACGCCUUCAACUCCUCCACCAAAAACCCCGUCCCUUGCCGGUCCGCUCGGUGCAAUCUCAGCGGCUCCAAGGCCUGCACUUCCAACCCCAACCCGUCAGACGACGUCUGCGUCGAAUUCCCUCACAACCCUUUUAUCAGCACCACUACCAGUGGUGACUUCUCACAAGAUAUUCUCUACAUCCAAUCCACUGAUGGGAAAAACCCCACUAAAAUCGUGUCGGUCGCCAAGUUUCUCUUCUCUUGCGCGCCGACUUCUCUCUUGGAAGGCCUUGUGAGUGGUGCAGUUGGAGUGGCGGGACUUGGAUGGAACAAGGUAUCGAUGCCUUCGUUGUUUUCCGCUGCUUUUAGCUUUCCGAGGAAGUUUGCCGUUUGCUUGAGCCCUUCCACGAAGGAGGAAACUUUUGGUGCUGUAUUUCUCGGAGACGGGCCUUAUAUUUUGCUUCCUGGAAUUGACGUCUCCAAGUCUCUUACUUACACUCCUCUCAUCCGCAACCCGGUAAGCCUCGUCACAAGUUCCGCGGGUGAGGCGUCGGCAGAGUAUUUCAUCGGAGUAAAGAGCGUUAAGAUAAACGGCAAACCCGUCGCGUUGAAUACUACACUAUUGUCAAUUGACAGCGAAGGCUAUGGCGGAACAAAGAUCAGCACUGUCAAUCCUUACACCGUGUUGGAAACAUCCAUAUACAAUGCCGUUGUUGAUGCUUUUGUUAAAGAACUAGGGAACAAGGUUUCUAAAGUCGCCGCGGUAUCGCCGUUCGGGUCGUGCUUCAGCUCGAAGAACAUCGGUAGCACGAGAACUGGCCCGGCCGUGCCCCCGAUCGACCUUGUGUUGCAGCACGAGAAUGUGUACUGGAGGGUUUUUGGCGCCAACUCCAUGGUUAGGGUUAGUGAGGAUGUUUUGUGCCUUGGAGCUGUUGAUGGCGGUCCGCUUCGGUUCGUUGAUUGGGGUGUGAAGUUCACUCCUACAGCCAUUGUGAUUGGUGGGCAUCAGAUUGAGGACAAUCUUCUCCAGUUUGAUUUGGCCGCUUCUAGGCUUGGAUUCAGUUCCUCUCUUCUGUUGAGGCAAACAAGUUGCUCAAACUUCAACUUCACUCUAUUGCGGAUUAGAUGGAAUUUUAAUUAUACUUAGUUAUAUAUUCCGAGCAUAAUUAGCUUCUUAUGUCUUCCAAGUAAAUGGCCAUUUGCAAAUAUUGCUAGUUUUAAAGGACUUAGGCGCUCAUGAAUCAUGAUUAAUUUUGUAUUUCCAUCUUUAGUUUUACUUCUCUUCCCCUGCUAAUUAAACUGUUUGGUUCAAUACAUGUACUUGCCGAAAUUUUGCAAGAUAAUUAUGAAUCUUCAUUUCU